AUGAUAAAGCCUUCGGUCACAGACUUGUCUAAAGAGGUGCGAACCAACAUCCUCUGCACAGUGGAAGGAUGCGGGAAGAUCCUCCCCAACACGCCUGCUCUCAACAUGCAUCUGGUCAAAUCCCACAGAGUCAAGGAUGGCAUUGUUAACCCUACUGUAAAAAAAGACGUGAAGGGCUCACAGAAACUUUACUGUUGUCCAAUUGACGGUUGUCCCAGAGGACCAAGCAGACCAUUUUCACAAUUCUCUUUAGUGAAGCAACAUUUCAUGAAGAUGCAUGCAGAGAAGAAACACAAGUGCUCCAAGUUAGAGCUGCACUCCUCUCUCAUGUCUACAGAACGGGACACGAAAUUCCGACAGAACACAGAUUCCCCCCAGUUAAGAAAAGAAAAAUGGAGAGAGAGCUGA